GGCUACGAAGUGAUUUGAUGGUGUUUCCUCGGAAUAAAUACUUCCGACCGACUAAUGUAGAAGGCGGUCGAUUAGCAUCCAGCAGAAGAGAGGAGCUCCCAACCGUCACUAUCAAUAUCAUGGUUUGAUCCGUUGGAACUCUGCAUACAUAUUUCUCUAUUUCUCGACAACUCUCUACAACCCACUCUCCCGGGCAGGUGCAAUUGCCAAUCCAUCACCACUUUUCACACUUCUUGCCUUUCUUGGUCGUUUCUGGCCAAUUCAUUCAAUUUGUACUGGGAAGGAAUAGACAAUGUCCGUUAUUCUGUGUACUGGUAAGCUACGAUUUUUCCCUCGUCGACCUGCUCCAAUCUUCAGAUGGAUUGCUUUCUUUACCACCACUUGGGUUGAAAGCUAUUUUACAAUUCAUUCCUUGCACCGUCUCUUCUUUCAUAGGCACGUUCCAUUUCAGACCUCAAAUGGCCUAUCAAUCCGUUCUCGUAUCCGGAAAAGGAGACCCUAUUAACAUUCUUUGCGUUCUUGUUACAGCUGGCUACGACCAUACAAUCAGAUUUUGGGAAGCCCUCUCUGGUAUCUGUUCUCGAACAAUUCAACACCCUGAUUCUCAAGUCAAUCGAUUAUGCAUAUCCCCAGAUAAGCGUUUCUUAGCUGCGGCGGGCCAUCAUACUGUCAAACUUUAUGACAUUAAGUCGACCAAUCCAAAUCCGCUUCUCACAUUCGAGGGACAUACAGGAAAUAUUACAGGCGUCGCAUUCCAUUGCGAAGGGAAAUGGAUGGUUACAAGCUCUGAGGAUGGCACAGUUAAAAUCUGGGAGACUCGGAGUGGUACCGUUCAAAGAAGUUAUAGUCAUGGCUGCCCAGUGAAUGAUGUAGUGAUUCAUCCAAAUCAAGGUGAAAUCAUCAGUUGUGAUCGCGGAGGUAGUGUUCGUAUUUGGGAUCUUGCAGAAAAUAACUGCUCCCAUCAACUUAUUCCAGAGGAAGACGUACCUGUUUCCAGUGUCACCGUCGCAACUGAUGGAUCAACCUUGUGUGCUGGUACUAACUCGGGCAGCGUCUACGUUUGGCAGCUUCUUCAAUUCCGCGAAAAGACCCAGCUUAUGCCAAUUACUCACUUCAAGGCCCACAACCAGUAUAUCACUAGAGUUCUUCUCUCUCCAGAUGUUAAGAAGCUCGCAACAUGUAGUGCCGACCAUACAGCCAAGAUUUGGGAGGUAGACUUUACUGCUCUAGCUCCUAAUCCAAACCAGCCUCAAACAGAAGCAAGAGCGUUCAAUCUUGAAUCAACCCUGACUGGUCAUCAAAGAUGGGUCUGGGAUUGCGCUUUCAGUGCCGAUUCGGCUUACCUUGUAACUGCCUGUUCAGAUCACUAUGCUCGUCUUUGGGAGUUGCAUAGUCAAUCGGUAAUCAGACAAUACAAUGGUCAUCAUCGCGGUACAUCUACAUUGUUUCAAACAUACCCCCACAGUGCCCCUUCUGACCGAUAUCUACUAUAGGACUCGUUUGCGUCGCUUUGAAUGAUUAUUCUGAAGCCCGUUAAAAUUCGCAUCGGCUCGCGUGUAUUGAUUUUGGCGUUCCAUUUUCAACCGGUUGCGGAGUUAUAGGACUUAUACAUGUUGCAUAUCCUGGGAGAUUUAUUGGGUCCUCUCUACUGACUAUCCAGUUCAUCUACUUGGUGGUAAUUCUAUGCAUGGCUCUGGCGUAUGUAGGUAUGGGCUCGGUUGGCAUGGCGUUGUGACAUAAUGGCAGUGUAUCACACGGCGUUGUGCAUACCAUGGAUGGAUGGCUAACAUUCAAUGAAAGUCAUCAAUUUGAAUGACGAUCGCAUCAAAUAUCAUUAAUUUUCACAAAGCGAACACCAACCCUUCUUUCGGUGAUCGCAAUAUAGUCCAUCACCAAUCACCGAGAUUUUCCCAGUCACUUUUCGUAACUUCCAUCAAAUAAUGUCCCAAUUCCUCGUUCAUCGGCUCCGCAGUUCUCCCCGUAUAUCUUGACGCGCUCAUGAUACCCACUAACCCUCACGUUAUUCAUCUUCGCCCAAACUCCUUCCGGAAUCUUUACCUUCCUUCAUCCACGCAGUUAUAUCCUAUUGUGUGAAAAUUUCAUAUUCAUAACA